UCCAAACCCUGGUUGAUCCCCUUUCUCUUCUCUCGCUCCGGCCAACGCCGCCACCCCCCGGCAUCAUCUGCCGGCGCCAUUCCAACGCACCCCCAACAUUCCUCUCCUCUCUCUCCCACAUGGAGCCGAUCAAACCCACGCCCACCCUAACAAGCAAGAUCUGCAUCCAACACGAACCCGCCGACGGCGGAGAUGCCGCGAGCGGAACCAUCGGCGGCCUCCCUUUCCACCUCACGGAGGAGAUCCUCCGCUGCGUCAGCCCGCUCGAUUCGGUGCGCCUCGCCACCGUUUGCAGGUCCUGGGCGGCGACCAUCUCCGAGCGGCUAGCGAGACCCACCCCGCACCUGUUCGCACUCGAGGUCCUCCACGAGCACCCCCGCGGGGCGAUCUUCUCCGUGCCGGUCGAUGACAACGAGGAGGACUCGCCAGCGCCGGCCAUGCCGGCCAUGGGCUGGCACGCGGAAUGUUUCGAGCUGUGUGGCGCCUCUUCCAGCGGCAGCCUCUCCUUCGUGAACGGCAGCCAUGUCCUCCUCGUAAACCCUGUCACCGGCGCGUCCGGGAGCGUUCAGAUUUCUGCGAGCAUCUCUCGGACCGGACCUAAGCUUUGCACCGGCGCCGAGGCGUUCUUCAUUACUGAGUUCCAUAGGGGUGUCUCUCUCUGGUGGUGGUGCUCGGACGAGUGGAGCGAGCAGAAGCUGCUUCUGCCUCAAGGGUUCGAAAUCUACCAUGCCAUUGCUCUGUCGGCCUACAGCGGCGGUGUCUUGUAUGCUCUGGAAUUCUCUGGUUUGGUGUACACCAUGGAUACCCAGGCACCGCUGCCUUGGCGCCUGACAAGGCUCCGUGCGCCGAGCAUUCUCGAGCAGUACUCCCCAAUCUUCGGGUACCGCUUCAUUCGGAACUGCCACCUGCUCGAGUCAGAAGACGAGGUCAUGUUUGUUGGUCCUGUGUUCGCAACAAAAGAGCCCGGAUGCCCCAAAUCCAUCUGUGGCUUCGAGGUGUACAGGCUGGAUGUUCAUGGGGCACGGUGGGUGAAGGUGGAGAGGCUCGCCGGCGAACAGGCGCUUUUCGUGAGCGAUCAAUCAUCGUUCGCGCUGCAUGCUUCAGAGGUGCCAGGGUGCAUGAGCAACUGCAUCUACUUUGUAGGUGAUGUUGACGAGUGCUCAUUCAGCACUUGGGGCAUCUACUCCAUGGUGGAGCGGAAGGUGCUGUUUCAGAGCCCUGUUGGCGGUUUGCCGGGGAAGUACAAAGCUGCCCGGUGGUUCUUCCCUGGUGUUGUGAUGCCACUUGCGCGACAAUGUACAAACUUGGGACAAAGGAGAAAAAUCAAUGGCCUUUAGGUAUAAUCUAGUUCAUCAUAUUAUGAGAAUGCAGUAGCAGUUCUUUAAAUGUUACCACGGACUGCUCCUUUUAUGCUGAUAGAAGGAGAGGCGCGCGGUAUUGCUAUGAUGUGACAGUAAGGUCUAUAAACCUCCAAGGGCUACUAUGCCGCCGAUGUGAUGGCCUCUGUGGCAUACCUGAAGGUUGCGGUUCAGUUUGGCAUGGCUCAAAUUAUUCUAGGGUCAGAUUCUCAGAAACUGUACGAAGCGCUGUUCGUGAAAUUUCAGACAAUCCGACGAAGUUUAUGGAUUGAUUGUACUUGUAGUACAGUUGUGCAUGAACUCGCUAAGUUUGACACUCCUUUGGGUUUCUCAGAUGUAUUACUGGGGAUUUACCUUAGUUUGUGUGUGACAUGGUGAUCGAAGUU